GUCCCACUCAGCCGCGCAGUUUUACUUAGACACGCGUUGUGGCAAGUGGCUGAUUGUGCGGCGUAUUGCGUCUGUUAGUUUUGUUUUGCUUUCUUCGGCGAAAACGCAUUGAGUCUAUCAGAAACCCGCUGGAAAAUGGGAUAAACAAGAAAAACACACAUUGGAUUGCAGUGUUUGCGUUGGUAGAAAUCAGCAUGGUUGACUGGCAAAUAUGUAUCACUUAUAGAAGUGAUUUUUUUAUAAGGAAGAAACAAUAAUUGGAAAUGUUCUGCGGACCAUUAAAACGCUGCCGAAGACUCUGGCCCGUCCUAUUGUGCGUGUCUACUCUAGUGAUACUGACUCUCUGGCGCAUAAAUUCCACAAACAAUGGAACACAUCCGUUGUCAGCGCAAAGCCGAAUCCACAAACAAGAGGAGUACGUUGAUCGAAACGGUAUUAAAGUGGUUGUAGGACAUUAUGUGGGUCCUUCAUUAAAGCAGGUGCCAAAUGCUACGCUCGCGGAAAUCAACGCCAAUAACUUUCACCCAGAGCCUAAGGCAGGUAAAGAUGGUCGGCCUGUGAUGACACCACCAAAGGAUCUUUUUCGCAUGCAGAAACUGUUUCAAAUCAACAGGUUCAAUUUACUUGCGAGUGAUCGCAUUGCGUUGAAUCGCACGUUGCCUGAUGUCCGUCGCAAGAAGUGUAAAUAUUUGUACGACAUUAGCAAAAGCUUUCCAUCCGCCAGUGUUAUAAUUGUAUUUCAUAACGAAGCUUGGUCAACUCUCCUGCGAACCGUGUGGAGUGUAAUUUCUCGGUCACCCAAAGAGCUUCUUCAAGAAAUUAUUUUGGUUGAUGAUGCUAGUGAUAGAGAAUUCUUACGAAAACCUCUAGAUGAUUACCUGCCGACAUUACCAGUGAAAACGGUAAUCCAUCGCUUCCCAAAUCGUGUGGGAUUAAUACAAGCGCGUUUGAAAGGAGCACGCGCUGCCCAGGCUCCAGCUCUAGUCUUCCUGGACGCGCAUUGCGAAGUAACCGAAGGUUGGCUCACGCCAUUGCUUGCCCGCAUUGCUGCGUCCCCAAAAUCUGUCGUCUGUCCAGUUAUAGAUAUUAUUAAUGAUGAAACCUUUGCUUACGUGAAAAGUUUUGAACUGCAUUGGGGUGCACUUAACUGGAACCUACAAUUCCGAUGGUUUACCCUUGGUGGUCACCAGCUGCGACUGCGCAAGAAGGAUGCUAGUGAGCCGUUUGCCAGCCCUACAAUGGCCGGAGGAUUAUUUGCUAUUGAAAAAGACUUCUUCUGGGCAAUUGGCGCAUAUGAUGAAGACAUGCGUAUAUGGGGAGAAAAUCUCGAGAUGUCCUUCCGGGUAUGGCAAUGGGGACGAGUUGAGAUUGCUCCCUGUUCCCAUGUUGGGCAUCUAUUUCGAAAGUCUUCACCGUACACAUUCCCAGGUGGCGUGUCUGAGACGCUGUUUGCGAAUCUGGCACGUGUCGCGCUUGUGUGGAUGGAUGAAUGGGCGGAUUUUUAUUUCAUGUUUAACGAAGAAGCCGCCAAAGUAAAGAAUUCCAUUGAUGUAUCAAAUCGUACUGCGCUGCGCCGUGAGUUGAAAUGCAAGUCCUUUGCGUGGUAUCUACGCAAUGUGUGGCCGCAGCACUUUUUCCUAUCACGAUCGAUUUUUGGCAGAAUUCGAAACUUGGAUAUCAAUCGAUGCUUGAUCAAACCUCUGGGUAAAUUAUCGAAUCAACCCAUGGGCGUAGCAAAAUUAAACGAGUGUUUGGCAAACGAACAUCUGACGGUGGAAAUGUUUGUGAUCACCAAGGAGGGAUUUGUAAUGACGGACGAUUCUAUUUGCUUAGAUGCUCCGGAAAAGGAAGUAAACGGAGCAAAGAAAGUCAGGAUCAUGGCGUGCAGUGGAGCCAGUCGGCAGCAGUGGAAAUAUCAUGAGGAGGCGAAGGAAUUGCGUCACUUGACGAAUGAUUUAUGCCUGGAUUUACCGGAUGGCAAGGAAUAUAAUGAUGGGUUGAUCAUUCGGACGUGUGAUGGCAGAUUAAGUCAAAAAUGGAAAUUAGAAGAAGUGAAAUGGACGACUCAAUUAAAAAAUUAAAAUAGCUGUUGACAAUCUAUUAUUUUAACUUGCCGCUAAAUGAAAUUUACACAACUUAACACACUUGAAAAUGUACGCUAUACAAUUGGUCAUUUGUAAUGAUGUACGUUUAAUAAUAUAAUACACAUAAUAAUUAAAUAACUUAUUUGUAGGGGAACCAUUUUACAUGAGAUUGGAUUUUCGACGUGAGCCCGAUAUCGUAGAAGAACCAUUCUUGCAUCAGAUUGGAUUUUCGACGUGAGCCCGAUAUCGUAGAAGAACCAUUCUUGCAUCAGAUUGGAUUUUCGACGUGAGCCCGAUAUCGUAGAAGAACCAUUCUUGCAUCAGAUUGGAUUUUCGACGUGAGCCCGAUAUUGUAGAAGAACCAUUCUUGCAUCAGAUUGGAUUUUCGACGUGAGCCCAAUAUCGUAGAAGAACCAUUCUUGCAUCAGAUUGGAUUUUCGACGUGAGCCCGAUAUCGUAGAAGAACCAUUCUUGCAUCAGAUUGGAUUUUGCACCUGAGUCUGACAUCGUAGAAGCACCAUUCUUGCAUCAGAUUGGAUUUUGCACCUGAGUCUGACAUCGUAGAAGCACCAUUCUUGCAUCAGAUUGGAUUUUGCACCUGAGUCUGACAGUAGAAGGACCAUUCUUGCGUCAGAUUGUUAUUAUUAAAUUUCAUUAUCUUUAAUAACUUUUGUGAUUAUUACACAAAUUGACUCCCAAAAUUUAUGCUUGUGUGUUUUCUUUAAUAAAGAAUAUUUUUAAGUUUUUCUAAUUAAAA